GCAAGAUCCAUGUACCCUCGCCAGACUCUUGCAGUUCUUUCCUGUACCCUUCUUCUAACCAAACGCUUUUUUUCAAAGUAUUCUCAUCGAGUGAGUACCCAAGUAAGAAUUUAGUGGACUAAAACGUCCCAUCUUAAAGCUUAGUGGAAGUCGUUGGCUUGAUGUUCCCAAGCUUCCCAGGCUUACUUAACUUAAUUUUGAUUAACUAAACUCGCUCGCCCAGACGCUCGGUGAACAUCACAGUGCAUUUAAUGGUGUAAGACGCUUCUCGACUUGUCUUAAAGAAGCGAAAAAAUACAACUGACUGAAGCCCAAAGAAUCGAGACGUGGAUGAUGACGAGGAGAGGAAAUCCAGGCCACGACGAACAACUGAAAAACGAAAGAAAAUGAGUUGUCCUGCAGACGUCACUAUAGAAGAUCUUCACCAUGAGAAGCAGGAUCCCCUCCACGUUAAACAGGAAGAGGAGCCAGAGAUGCCGUACAUCAAACAGGAGGCAGAGCCAGAGACCCCCAACAUGAAAGAAGAAGACCAGGAAGUUGAAAUCCACAAGUUUCCAAUUGGUGUCAGUGUGAAGAGCGAAGAAGUUGAAGGACCAAGCGAAGAGAGCGGGGCAGCGAACCUUUUGACCGACAGUCCAUUUCAGCACGUGACAGCAAAAGUAGAGGGACGAUCGCAACCGGACAGCCUCUCAGCACCGCUUUCGGACAGCGACGACAUAACGUCACAUUCUUCUGACUUUAAUACUGAUGAGGAGGAUGAUGACUCUGACCAAAAUGCUUCAAAAUCUUUAAACGAGUCAUCAUUGAGUAGAGACGCCAAGGAAUGCGUGGUUGGGAAACCUUUUCCCUGCUCACUCUGUGAUAAAACAUUUUCCUGGAAACGCAGUUUAAAAGUACACAUGCGUAAACACACCGGGGAGAAGCCUUUUGCCUGCACACUUUGUGAUAAAAAAUACUUCACGAAGACAAAUUUAAACGUUCACACAAGAAAACACACGGGAGAGAAGCCUUUCGCCUGCACACUUUGUGGUCAAAGAUAUGUCGAUAAAAGAGGUUUAAACAUUCACACAAGCAAACACACUGGAGAGAAGCCUUUGGCCUGCUCAAAUUGCGAUAAAAGAUUUAAUCAGAAAAGUGAUUUAGAAAAGCAUAGGCGUAGCCACACUGGAGAAAAGCCUUUCGUCUGCACACUUUGUGGAAAAACAUUUUCUCUGAAUUGUAUUUUAGAAAGACAUAAGCAUACACACACUGGAGAAAAGCCUUUUGCCUGCACACUUUGCGAUAAAAGAUUUUCUCUGAAUGGUAGUUUAAUUAGACAUAGGCGUACACACACUGGAGAAAAGCCUUUCGCCUGCACACUUUGCGAUAAAAGAUUUCAUCAGAAGCCUCAUCUAGAACGGCAUCAGCAUACACACACUGGAGAAAAGCCUUUUGCCUGCUCACUUUGUGGUAAAAGAUUCACUCAGAAAACAAAUUUAGUAACACACAUACGCAGACACGCUGAAGAGAAGCCUUUCGCAAUUUGCGAUAAAGGAUUUUUUCAGAAAACUGAUGUAAAUAAUCAUCAGCGUACACACAGUGGAGAGAGGCCCUUCGCCUGCACACUUUGUGGCAAAGGUUUUUCUCGACAAAGUCAUUUAGAAAGACAUAAGCGCAUACACACGGGAGAAAAACCUUUUGCAUGCUCACUUUGUGGUAAAAGAUUUGCUCAGAAAGGAACUUUAGUAAGGCACGCAACAGGCCACACGGGGUAAAAACCUUUGAAUUGUAGCAUGUGACUAAAUAUUCUGAUUCCUGCCAAGCAUUUUUAGUGGAAAAAGCUUUUUUCAUUAUUCGGUUUCUCUUGAGCCUCUUUUUAAAAAGUUGUUGAAAUGUUUUUUCAGGUGCUGUUCUUUUUCUAUCCAAUAUAUGUGGAGGAAAACACUCAGGUGACUUGAAGUCCCGCUCUGAAACCCCUAAUUUGGCCAGAUUUCAGAAUUGUCCGAUAUGCAUGUGUGAUACAUCAUGGAAAGCUUAAAAUCUCAAUUUUCUGGGGGAAGAAAAAUUUUGAACAGGAAGAAAUUUUUGAAAAAAUCUAUUUUUAAACAGCAAAACUCUAUCUGGAGAUGAGAGCACGCCAGAGCAAAAUUACAGACGCCAUAACUUUAAUGAGAUAUUAUCGCGUACUUACCUCUUUUCGAUCCCAAAACUCCAAGUAGCAUGUAUCACUGAGUGUCAAGACACAGCUGUGAAUGGCCACAGCUGGAUUUUUUGGGGGAUUUUAUGGGUGAAAUAUAGUAAUACAACAAGGGUCACGAUGCAGAAAUCGCAGACAUCAAGGAGUGGUCGAGAUUUUCAUAUAUUUACCCUUAAAAAUUUUUUUUUUUUCAGUUUUCUUUUGAUUGGAUCGAUUAUCAUUUAACAUAGCCGAGAAAAUGCGACAGUAACAAAAAAAAAUACAAUUAAGCGAUAGUUAUGAGGUAAAUAUCCGUGACGUUUUUACAGACACCAUUUUUUUUUCAUUGUGACGUAAUUUGUUUAAAAGUUAAAAUAUGCGAGAAUAAUUUUUUUAAGUUUUUUUUUUUUUUUUUUUUUUUUUUUACAAAAUAUUAGACAUCAAUUAAUGAUUCGAAGCCAAAAUUGACAGACAUUUUGAAUAAUUAAUCACCUGCGUUUUAUGGCUGGGUUGAAACAAAUGCGGUUUCGCGACGUCUGUAAACGGGGGUUUCCAGGGUAAAACGGACAAAUUAAAAAUAGUUUGGGGGCUUAAUAUGCCACAAAUCUGCUAUGGCAGCAUAUAGACAUUGUUCUACUGAACACAACAGUUCUUUUGGCUUAUAGUACAGCAGUUUAUUUUAAAGAGGGGUGCGAGAGCAGAAACCGCUUUUUCAGCCUUGUCUGUUUCUCCGCCAUUUGUACAGUAUAUAUAUAUAUUUUUUAAUUGAAAAAAAUUGUUUUAUAGGUCUUUCUGUUAAGGGUGUAACGGUGCAUGUAUUUUUAUUGAAUCGUUUUGGUACGUGGUGCUCGGUUCAGAACGGAGGCGUACCGAACGAGUUUCUGACGUAAAGUAUGUCAAAUUUAGCGCCUUAACGGGCGGUAAUUAAUUUUUUUGAACUAAUCACAAAAUAUUUGACGCAUUUAACGCAAGCGUGGAAUGCCCGCUCAUGCAUCCCACAAUCCCACUGUUACGUCCCACGGACGGCUCGCUAAGGGCGUAACAUAAAACGAGCCACGCACACAAGUUAAAAGUGGACACAAAUUUACUCACACAACUUGAACUCGCAACGAACAAAAUAUACAAAAUGCAGAAGAAGCUGGCUUCAGCGUAAGCCUAGGCCAAAACAACAAACGAAACUACACUUAAACCCCACCCGCAUUUGCAAAAUUAGUGGUGGUGUGUUCACCACCUCCACAACAUUGACAUUGUCUUUUUACUUUACUUACAGAUGCUGCUGUUAGCGGGAAAAAAAACUUUAAUAUUCCUCCUCUUCGAAAGAGGCGGAGGAGGCACCUUGUUUUAUUUGUGAUAUUUUGUGUCAGGGCUGUGAUUGUAUGUGUUCAAGUAAUCAGCCAAUCAAACGUGCAUUUGAGGAAAAAAAAUGGACUGGCGCAUUCAGCAAGUACAAAGGGGUCAAUGUAAAGUCUUAACAUACGGGAAGACAAUCUAAAUGACCUAUAUAACAUAAGUCAUUAUACAGUAUAAUGCAAAUAAGGUUGCUGAAAAGUUGGUGGGGACUUUUUGCAUAUCCUGAAACGUUGGUAGUGUUAUGUCCCUACCGUCCCUAUGCAAACCUACUCCCUUGCCUGAGUGUUUUCCGCCUGGGAUUAGUCCUUUUAUAAAUCUGAAAUUUGGACUCAUUCUGGCUUUUACUGCAAAAACAGACGUGUAAUAUAUAGGAUCCUGCAUUUAGGCAAGUUUGAUCAAAAGCAUGAAAAAAGAGAAAAUGCUAUAAUGAAAUAUGUUGUUCAAACAAAACCAAAACAUGUUAACUUUUGUUGUUUUGGGAAUAAAUUUAUAUAAAUGUUCUUUUAUGCAUACAUGGAGAUUGAGGGAAGGCAGGUGGCCAAAAAAAUGCCCCACCCCCACCUAUAUCUUCGAGUGUUGUUAUCGGGCUCGAGUACGUCUGAAGACUGGGUUUGUUCCUAUUCUAUCUCCUGCCGCGCCAACCCGGCAAAGGCGUGUACAUUGUUGUCCUCACUUCUCUCAGCUAUCUCUACGCCAUCCAGGCCAAGACACGUUUUAGGCAAUAAAAGCAGGUGUAGACUGGAGUGUCACUUGGUGACAUAGCCUAUUUGUAUUUCUAUUUGUAUUUUCAAUUAGAUUAUUCCACGUAACAUUGUAUUUAUCAAAUCAUUUAUAAGAAGGGAUUAUUUUAAAAAAACAGUAUGAUCAAUCUUGUUUUCUUUGGUACUGUAGUUAUACAGAGAAUAAAAGCAGGUGUGUUUCAGCGGGAUCGAUGUUUAGCAGGUUCGCAAACAUAGAAUUACUUGACCUUUUUAUUCUAACGUCAAUAUUUUUGUUCAUUACUGGCUGACUUUAAACUGCCUUACUAUCAACUAUUUUUUAAUCUGUGUUCGAUUUAUUAAUCAA